AUGAUAAUUGCUUCAGUCAAGGAAGACCUGAACAAGAACGUUAUCAAACAAAGUGAUCCUUGGUUAUGGGGAACUGGUAUCGGAAAUAGUUGGAGAACUUCUGUUAAUAUUAAUGGGUUCUGGACGUCGAGAUUGUCAAUAAUAGAUUCGCAAGUAAGAAUUACACAAUAUGGAGGGCCAGGAGGUUGGAAUGAUCCUGAUAUGCUUGCAGUAGGUUUUGAUGUAAUACCUCCCAUUGAACAAAUAACACAUUAUGCAUUUUGGGCUGCUCUGAAGGUCUCUUUAAUACUUGGAUGUGAUGUGGAUCAUUCACCUUUUCAAAAUACUGCAGUAAAUAUUUCAGAGCAUGGAGUAGAAUUUAAAAAACUUACUGGCGGAACCAAAACUAGCUCUGCUAGACCAUGUCUUGAUUAUUCUUUGCGGAAACAUUAA